AUGCUCAAGUUGGUAGACAUACCUUCUUGGCAUCCCCCCUACGAGGAACCGCUGCAACUGCAGUACCCUCUACAUUACGUUUACUCAGCCUCUCUUCGCCGCUUAAGGGAUAACGGUCAAGCUGAAUACGACACUUGGAAACUUCUCAAGCGGGACUUCAAGGAAGAGAUACAAUCACUUCCUGGCGCGAAGGUGGCCAUCGAGUAUGUCCAGGCCGUCACUGGUGCAGCCCGGGCCUCUACCGAACAUCCCACACCUGUCUCGCCUCUGUUCUUUGCGGUCAUAGUCUUCCAGAAGGGCUCUCACAACAUCGUCCACGAUGCCACUGUCAUACUCAUUCAGCGCCACUUUCCGACUCUUGACCCAGUCAUUGUGCGGUACUUUGAGGGCGAAUACGCUGUCGACUUCGGCGACAAGCCGACGUCCACAAAAACUCCCGACUCACUAGAGAAGAAGCGCAUGGCUGGCAAACUCCCGAAGGAUACGUUCUCCAAGGUCACCAUGUUCGGACCUGAGGGUUCGAAGGCAAAGAUCCGAUAUGGAAAGGAGAAAUCGUGCAAUAUGGACGACUGUAUUACUGGUAUGUCCACUGGUAUGCAAAAGGGCCGUGGGAAAUAUUGUUCGGGUACAUGUGGACCGGCUUUUUACCUCAAGGACACCAACAACAAGAAUCAGCACAUUCUGGACGAGAACGGCGACAAGCAGCUUUUCACCACCACAAGCCAUCACGUUGUGAGCCGCCGGAAAGAUGACAAGCGCCCACAGAAAGUCGUCAACGCCGCCAUCAGCAUCCAGGAGGCCGAAGACAUGCGCCGGGACCCUGAUUCUGUAACAGUGGCCGCUCACAUGAGCGAGAGCGAUCGCGAAGACACAUGGUUCGAUCGGCAGCGGCGCAGAAAUCUCUGGGACAGCAGAAUCUACAUGAUCAACGAACAUCCUCAAGCUGGAGCAACGGCGUUUGGCAAAUUGCAGCAGGAUGAGCAGCAAGAGAUCGUAGACGACCGACACAUACUUGGGCGCAUCGAAGAGCAAGCUGCGAUCGAUGCUCAGUGCGAGAAAGCAAAUCCACUGAGGGAGAUACCUUUUGGAGAGCUCUAUUGUAGUUCAGGCAAGAGCGUGUGGGUGUAUUCUUCCGAGCUCGCGGACUGGCCCAACGAGCAUGACAAAAUAAUGGUCGACUAUGCCAUUAUCCUGAACAUUAUGCGAGGCUAUCCGCAAGCAUUCGACUCGAUGCGCGCCCACAGGACUAUCCUCAGCAUUGGUCAGAUGAUUCCUGGAUCCGAGGUCAUGAAGGUCGGCCGAAGCACGCUCACUACCUUCGGCUUUGUCAUGGACGACAAGGUUACGGCUUACCAUGAUCACAACGAAGAAGAGUCACUCGAGGUUUCAGUUCUCUCAACCACAGCGGGCUACGCUUUCAGCUACAUGAGUGACUCUGGAGGCCCUGUGAUCGAUCAGCACGGCGCAUGGGUCGGAAUUGUCAGCGCAGGCGGAGUGAGCAAGGUCGAUUCGAACAGGACCGAGCUCUGUGUCUACGUCACGCCGAUGCAAGUAGUGGUGGCUGACAUGAAGGCCAGAUUUGGCCUCGUCCCAGAGUUGCACCGGCCUCAGGAUACCACAACGGCCGAGAUGUGA